AUGGUCGACCUCGUUCAGGCAUCAAACAUAAUAACUUGGAACAGAUGGUUUUUGACUAUUUUAGGAUUAUGGCCACUUAAAGUGAAUAAACCUUUAUUCAUAUUCUUCAGUAUUUAUAUGAUAAUUUAUUGCAUUAUGGGAGUAGGCCAUUUGAUCAAGUAUUUUGAUCAACCGGAUCUCGUUGUUGCGAAUUUGACGGAUAAUGUUCUUUUCACAAUGAUAUUGGGAAAAAUGUUCAUAUGCAGACGAAGUUGCGAAAUAAUGGCUAAGUUUCUAACAGCUAUUGAGAAUGAUUUCUUGACCGAAACUUACAGCAGUGUUCAGGAGAAAAUGGCAUUUUUGUAUUAUAAUCACAUGGCACUGACAUUUAUCAAGGUUUCCAUAAGUUUGUCAGGAUUUGCGGCUAUAUUAUAUUACUUCAGAGUAUUUUUUGAUAAUUGGAGUGCAAGUUAA